GUGAUAAGAGGGACUUUCAUGUGGAAGCCUCUGAUUGGCUCUUAUUCCGACCCGUCACACUUGUAGCUGACCAAUGAAAUCAUGGAAUGGGUGUAGCCAAUAAAAUCACGCAAUCAGAGGUGCGCAUUGACUCCUCAGAAAAUUAGUAUAGAGGAGAGUAUAAAUUUGUCAGUGCGAUUUUCAGUACCUAAAUUACUUUGAAUUUGACUAAUUAUAUUGUCAUGCCUGAACCAGCAAAGUCCGCCCCGAAGAAGGGAUCCAAGAAGGCCGUCACGAAGGCCGCCGGUAAGGGAGGAAAGAAGCGCAGAAAGUCCAGGAAGGAGAGUUACGCUAUCUACGUGUACAAAGUCCUGAAGCAGGUCCAUCCUGACACCGGGAUCUCCUCCAAGGCGAUGGGCAUCAUGAACUCCUUCGUCAACGACAUCUUCGAGCGCAUCGCCGGUGAGUCGUCUCGUCUCGCUCACUACAACAAGCGCUCCACCAUCACAUCGAGAGAGAUCCAGACCGCCGUGCGUCUGCUGCUGCCCGGUGAACUGGCCAAACACGCCGUGUCUGAGGGCACAAAGGCCGUCACCAAGUACACCAGCUCCAACUUCAAUUUUCAGUGGAUUGCAAGGACUUCUGUGGUUGAAGAUGGCCCAGAGAGAGGAGGCCGGAGGUACUGGGAGGCUCCUCUACCAGUCCCUGGUAAAUCAGGGCAUGACCAUUAAAGUAGCGGGACUGCCCACAAGCCUUAACCUCAGGAAGCCUUCCUUUUAUGGAAGGAACCAAUUGGUAGAAAUUUUGAAAGCUGCAGAGGAGAUUUCAUUUGAAAUAAAUGCAGCACAAUGCAACCCCACUGACUUGGGAGAGGGGAUGUCAGAGCACAUGGAUGCAGAAGACACAGCGGAUGGCAUCCAGACGAAGUCGGUGGAGGAAAUUUUAGAGGCCAUGUGUGAAAAUUGUAUUUCUUGUAAUCGUAAUACAUUUUACCAAAUGUUACAAAUCAGUUUUUGGUAUUGCUUAAGUUCGAGCUUAAUUAAAACUACUGUUCUGAGAAGUCUUCCAUUGACAUUUGACACAAAGAGAAAAGCUCACUUGUUUGAAAAUUACAAUUUAUGGAUACAAUAUUUAUCCAGGUGACAUUA